UAAUGCACCUUCACAGCUGGUCUGCCAUGAAACUUCAGUGGAGGAAACACUUCCGUUCAGUAAAAAUGGCGCAAGGAGCGAAAAAGUUUAAGGCACAGCGUCCUGGAGGCAACAAGAAACACCAACAAAAACAGAAAGGACCGAAGAAAGGAGGCAGGGUCAUCGCGCCUAAGAAAGCCCAAGUGGUUCAGCAGCAGAAGCUCAAGAAG